GAGCUUCAGAAGCAAACCCCUUAAAAGCUAGGCCAUCACACUUCAUGGCUCUAAGAUGUGUGCUAGUGGAGCUAAGUUUUGCCCAAAUGAAACUGUAAUCUUUUAGUAGGAAAAAAACAGACAUGAUUGAUACUUUUGUGGACGGAAAUAAAUCUCUAAAGGGAAUUCCAUUGCUGUCUCAACCACACACUAUUGAACCAAAUCUGUUUCCUUUUCAUUUCUGCAGUAUGCCCCUAUCUUAUCCUUAUAUUUUCCAAAAUUACAGCUCUUUCAGAUAUCAUGUGUUUUAACCAUGGCGGCGAAAAUGAUGCCUAUUAUGGGAAUUUUGCUUUGGAGAUAAUGGCUUGUAAUAAGCGGCUGGUGAUCACUAUCAGAUCAUUACUGAACCCGAGACUGUUGUUUCAGAAUUUAAGGAAGUAUGGUAGUUAUUUAGUACUUGAUCAACGUGUACCAAUGAACUAAACAGGGAGUUGAGAACAGAUUCACGCUUUCGAUUCCGAAUCUGUCGAGAACAAGAAUCAGUUCGAUGAACACGUGAAUUUGGUAAGGACCCUUUAAAUAAUUGUCAUGAUGGAGCAGUUUACUACAUCCACUGAUACAAAUAUGGCUAACAAUAGAAAGGAGCUCGUUUCCAUUGCCAUGAAGAGGACUAAUGAAUGGAUCUUUUCCCAAGAAAUCACGAGUGAUGUAACUGUUAAUGCUGGAGGAACUUCCUUUUCUUUGCACAAGUUCCCAUUGUUCUCAAAAUGUGGAUACUUAAGGAAGUUGGUGUCAGAAUCCAAUGAUUCUGAUCUUUCUGUCGUUGACAUCCCUGAUAUUCCCGGAGGGGCAGAUGCAUUUGAACUUGCAGCAAAAUUUUGCUAUGGAAUAAACUUGGAAAUUACUACAGAUAACAUUGCCAUGCUUAGAUGUGUAGCAGAGUAUCUUGAGAUGACAGAGGAUUACGCGUUUGAAAAUUUAGUCAGCAGAACUGAGGCAUAUGUGAACGAAGUCGCGUUAAAAAGUCUUUCAGGGGCAGUGUCCAUUUUGCAUUCUUCUCAAAACCUUCUUCCUAUUGCCGAGGAAGUGGAACUGGUAAGCCGGUGCAUAGACACAAUAGCGUUCGUCGCCUGUAAGGAUAGCGACUUUCGCACCCCGAGGAGGGCAGAGAGGGGCACAAAUGAUUUAAUGUCGUCAACUGCUCCCAAUGCAAAGCCCCUUGUGGAUUGGUGGGCUGAAGAUUUAACAGUCCUUCGAAUUGAUUUCUUCCAAAGAGUUCUCAUUGCAAUGGCUGCAAGGGGUUACAAACAAUAUGCUCUUGGUCCAUUAUUAAUGCUUUAUGCACAGAAAUCUCUUCGAGGCUUGGAAAUAUUCGGAAAGAGUAGGAAAAAAAUCGAGCCAAGACAAGAACACGAGAAGAGGGUUGUUAUAGAAACAAUAGUUAGUCUUCUGCCACGAGAGAAGAACUCGAUGUCAGUUAGCUUUCUCUCCAUGCUUCUUCGAGCUGCAAUAUAUCUAGAAACGACAGUCGCCUGCAGGCUCGACUUGGAGAAGAGGAUGGCUUUGCAACUUGGACAGGCCGUGUUAGAUGAUCUAUUAAUCCCUUCUUAUUCCUUCACAGGGGAAACAUUGUUUGAUGUUGAAACCGUGCAGCGAAUCAUGAUGAAUUACCUCGAUUUUGAAAUGGAGGGUACUACUAGAUUCGGCUGUAAUGCAGAUGAAGACUAUAUUUCCCCUUCACCAUCUGACAGGGAGCGAGUGACGAGGCUAAUGGAGAAUUACCUCGUUGAAAUAUCUUCUGAUCGCAAUUUAUCCGUUUCAAAGUUCAUCGGCCUUGCAGAACUUAUCCCCGAACAGUAUAGAAUAACAGAAGAUGGAAUGUACAGAGCCAUUGAUAUCUUCUUGAAGGCUCAUCCUGCAUUGAGUGACAUGGAGAGAAAGAAAGUUUGCAGCGUGAUGGACUGUCAAAAGCUCUCCCGGGAAGCCUGUGCCCACGCUGCACAGAACGACAGACUCCCUGUCCAAACCGUCGUUCAGGUGCUUUACUACGAGCAACAGCGCAUACGAGAAGUUACGGAUAGCAGUCUCAGUGAAUCCCAUGCACUUCCGGCCGAAGUGGUUCAGAACACCAUUGAUGUCCAUCCAGUAUCGGACGAGCUCUCAAAUUUACGCAGAGAAAACCAGCAACUAAAACUAGAGUUGGCGAAAAUGAAAAUGAGAUUGAAAGAAAUGGAGAAACCUACUGAUAAAUCGGCCGUUAAUAGUCCGUUAAUAGGAAUCUCUCAUCCAUCAUCUGGAAAACCUCCUUUGCCUCGAAAAUCAUUGAUGAGCUCUGUUUCGAAGACACUUGGCAAGAUUCUUCGAGCUGACGCCAUUGUGCCGCAGAACAACAAAGGUCGAAAUAGACCAAGUAAAAAUUGGAGGCACUCUAUAUCAUGAUAAAAUAGGAUUGUAUUUCAUUUCUUUUAGUGCUCAAAUGAAAAAUAUGUAGUGGGCUUAGGAAGAGGAUUUCGAUUCUGUAUUUCUUUUCCUCUCUGUAUAAUUAUUUUUCUUCCUCUGUGAUAUAUAUGCAAAUCAUUGUGUAAGAAACAUGUUGAUAGAAAUAAGGAAGAGCAUUUUGAAUAUGAUGAUGAUUGUGCUUC